UUUGCCUACUUUUAAGUUUCGUUUUCCUAAGUGCCGCAACCCUCCCUCUGGGCAGUAAAGAGUCACAUUCACAAGCUGUCAACUGUGCAGAUCAGCUGUUCCAGCUCUGACUCUUCUUCAACCAACAUCUACUUUUAAAAGAUAAAGAUGGAACAACAGGAAUGGAUCCGCAUCUUUCAGGCUGAAAUUGAAACACUUAACCGAAAAGAACACACUUGGCAUUUGGAGUUUGAUGAAAGUAUUGUUCCUAAUAAUCCAAACAUGGGCUGGAAGACGUACUUGAGGAAAACAAGUGCAAGAUUCAGCUGUAACUCAUGCAAGAGAAGUUGGCCGUCAAACCGGGUCAUGGUGGUUUUCCACAUGCGCCUCAUGAAUGGGCAGGGCACCGUCAAGGUGAGGCCUUUGCGCCAAAACUGCAAGAGAUGUCCCAAUGCACAGAUGGUGAAACCAAGUGUGGAGUCCGACAACAUUGAAGUCCUCAUGGAGAACCUGAUGGUGAAAAUAAGAAUUAAGUGCUACCAAGAAGAUCUUGGAGUCCAGAACAAGAUGCACAGAAACCUUGAUGUUAAGAGUCCCCAUGAGCCUGGUCAUUGUGAGGGAUGCAAGCUGGGAAUUUGUACAAAACAAUGACCUAAACACAUUCUCUCUCUCUCUCUCUCUCUCUCUCUCUCUCUCUCUCUCUCCCCCCCUCUCUUUUCUUUGCUUUCCCUCAGUUAUAAAUUGAAAGUGUCUGUUUUAGCAUUGAUUUAAAAUGUUAACAUUAAAAACAAAUUCAUAUGAAUUGUGUUUCUUAAUAUAUUAAUAUAUUUAAAUAUUACCAUAUAUGUUAUAUUAAAACAUUUUGUGUAAAGGCACGUGUCAGUGACUUGUCACUGUGGUAAACUGAAGAAUAAAUAAGCAUAGACAUAAGAAUAAGUAAUUAUGCCAAGAUGAACAUUUAAACUGAUUUUUAAACAUUUGAUUUUGCUGCAAAAAAAUGAACAAUUUCAGAAAUAUGUAAUGCAUUGUGUACACAAAUAGGUACAUUUUUCUGGAUUAUUGUUAAUGUGGUGAAACAUGACAAUAAAAAGACGCUGAUUUCAAAAAUGAAA